AUGCCUUCGACGAGCAGAAGCAACAGGACAGAAAACUUUUUGCAUGAUCGAAGUACGAAACUAAAAUGGCAUGUGAAUCCACUUUACAAGGUGAAGACAAUCAACAUCGACGAAUCGGAAUCCGAAUCCGUUGCAUCCUUAUCAUCGUGGCGAUCAUGCUCACGAUCAGAACAUUCGUUUGACAGUGGUUAUAAAAGUAACGAUAAUGCCAAGGAGCGGGAAAUGUACAAGGAUAAGAAUUUUGAGAAGCUUCUUAGGAACCAGGAAAUGAAUUUCCACGAAGCCGCAACGGAGCUGCUUGAUGCGAUGAAAGCACUCGGCGCUGGGGAAGAAGUUAACGCGCUUGUUGAGAGGACUCUGGAAGCCUGCGAGCAUGAACUGGAAAAAAUGCACAUCGAUGGAGAAGCCGAGCAAUCGUGCUAG